GAACUUGAAACCCAACAACAUAUUUUAUGACGAACAAGCUAGCAUUUUUGUCUUAUGGCAUCUUUUUUUACUGCUUUUCCAUCAGUAUGUAAACCAAGGCUAUUUUAUCCAAGGUAGUUUUCGGUUCCACGCCCUCCCUCCUUGAGCUUUACCUCGUUUAAGCCAGGACAGAGAAGAACAUGGAUGUGUGACGAGCUCAAACAGAGAGGAGAAAGCAAGGACGAGGCUUCCUGUCAUUCGCUGGGAGCUUAGGGAAGGAAAGGCUGCCAGCAUUCAAGUUGUGUCAUGAUGUCGGAGGCCGAGGAGAUGGGAGCUCCAGGCACAGAGGGAAACAAGCCAAUUGUCACGACAGGACACAUGCCUAGUAGUAUUCAACAGGUAGAAGCAUCUGUUGCUUCGCCCGUGGCCCCCAUACAGCCCCACACCACCACUGCAACUGAGGAUGAUGAUGAGAGUGAAGAUGAGUCGGAAAUCCUGGAGGAGAGUCCGUGUGGCCGCUGGCAGAAACGCAGAGAAGAGGUGAACCAGCGUAAUGUCCCAGGGAUCGAUGCUGCGUACCUGGCCAUGGACACAGAGGAAGGGGUCGAGGUAGUGUGGAAUGAAGUCAUGAUCUCAGAGAGGAAGAACUUCAAGCUGCUGGAGGAGAAAUUGAAAGCAGUAUUUGAUAACCUGAUCAAUUUGGAACAUGCUAAUAUCGUCAAGUUUCACAAGUACUGGGCCGACAACAAGGAGAACCGAGCCAGGGUGAUUUUCAUUACUGAAUAUAUGUCAUCAGGAAGCUUGAAGCAGUUUCUAAAAAAGACAAAGAAGAAUCAUAAAGCCAUGAAUGAAAAGGCUUGGAAGAGAUGGUGCACACAGAUCCUGUCUGCGCUCAGUUACCUCCACUCAUGUGACCCUCCCAUCCUCCAUGGCAACCUGACCUGUGACACCAUCUUCAUCCAACACAACGGGCUCAUCAAGAUCGGAUCAGUUGCUCCAGACACCAUCAACAACCUCGUGAAGACGUGUCACGAGGAACAGAAGAACUUGCACUUCUAUGCCCCAGAAUAUGGAGCUGACGAUAUCACCACGGCGGUGGACAUCUACUCGUUUGGCAUGUGUGCCUUAGAGAUGGCGCUCUUGGAAAUCCAGGGGAACGGAGAGUCCUCUUUAGUUUCUCCGGAAGCCAUCAAGAAUGCCAUACAGUUUCUGGAGGACCCACUGCAGAGGGAGCUAAUCCAGAAGUGUCUCGAGUCUGAUCCAAGUAUGAGACCUACAGCCCGAGAGCUGCUGUUUAACCAAGCUCUGUUCGAAGUACCGCUGCUAAAGCUGCUGGCGGCUCAUUGCAUAGUCAGCCACCACCACAUGUUCCUGUACCAAACAUAUUCAGACUGA